UUAUUAUAUGUAUAAUUUUAAUAUAUUAUAUAAAGUACAAUGUCUCGAGCACCCAUACCCAUACACAUACUUACUGUAGAUAAACGGACGAGGAGCUUGUGUUGUGCGGUUAUAUAGGCGAGACCAAAACGGACUUGCAAUCAUUUAAUAAUUUUAACGAGUACGGCUGUAGUUGUGCGCUUAGGUCGUAAUAAGCUAAUCCUUAGAAAUGAUUGCUAGUACUGCAUUUUCCGUCUUUUUUUUAUUAGUAAUCGUUACUAAAACUAGUUCGAUGGAUUUAGCUACCGCCAAAAAGGUUUUGGUGAAACCUUUGUAUGACGCGCCUCACGUCGACAAUCAAAAUUCUGUGCCCAAAAUAACUAUAUCAAUAUACUACGAUAGCUUGUCCUCGGAUUCUGUAGAUUUGUUCAAAAAUCAAAUAGGACCAAGCUUGGCGAAAUUUCAAAAAUAUGUUAACUUUGAUUUCGUGCCUUUCGGAAAUGCCGACAAAAAAAUAUUCGAAGGAAAAUGGUUUUUUAAGUGUCAAAAAGGACUAACGGAAUGUAUGAAAAAUAAAUGGCAAGCGUGUAGCAUUCAUGUACUUCCAUCCAAAAUGCAAUUAUUGGCUAAUUAUUUGGUCUGCUACAUGAGUUCUACAGUUGAAACGCAUUCAGGAUAUCAAUGUACGAGAAAUAUGGGCUUGUACGAGGACUAUUACGGCAAGAUAAAGAAAUGUUUUAUGAACAGAGAAUUCAGCGAUUUAUUAAUGGUUCAAUUCAGCAAUCGGACACGGACUGUUUUACCACGAUCGGCUCGGAUUCCUUCUAUUGUUAUUAACGGGGUGUACAACGAAAUUGAACAAGACGAGGCAAAAAAUAAUUUGGGGAACGUUAUAUGCAAAUAUAUACACCCUAAGCUUGUUGGAUUGUGCUAACUAAUUGAAGAAAAACAACUUUAAACAAUUAAUAUCCG